AUGGCCUUAAACCACACUGCCCCACCCCAGGACGAGCACCUGCCACACUAUCUUCGAGAUGAGGACCCCUUUGCUUCCAAACUUUCCUGGGAAGCGGAUUUAGUGGCUGGCUUCUACCUAACAAUCAUCGGGAUUCUCUCGGCAUUUGGAAAUGGGUACGUCCUCUAUAUGUCUUCUAGACGCAAGAAGAAACUGAGACCUGCUGAAAUAAUGACUAUCAAUUUAGCAGUCUGUGAUCUGGGGAUAUCAGUUGUAGGCAAACCGUUCACCAUCAUCUCUUGCUUCUGCCACCGCUGGGUGUUUGGCUGGUUUGGCUGCCGCUGGUAUGGAUGGGCCGGAUUUUUCUUUGGCUGUGGAAGUCUUAUUACCAUGACUGCUGUUAGCCUGGACCGGUACUUGAAGAUCUGCUAUCUAUCUUAUGGGGUCUGGCUGAAGAGAAAGCAUGCUUACAUCUGCCUGGCCAUCAUCUGGGCAUACGCCUCCUUCUGGACCACCAUGCCCUUGGUGGGCCUGGGGGACUAUGCACCUGAACCCUUCGGAACCUCGUGCACCCUGGACUGGUGGCUGGCCCAGGCUUCAGGUGGGGGCCAGGUGUUCAUCCUGAGCAUCCUCUUCUUCUGCCUCCUGCUCCCGACGGCUGUGAUUGUCUUCUCGUAUGUGAAGAUCAUCGCCAAGGUGAAGUCAUCAUCCAAAGAGGUAGCUCAUUUCGACAGUCGGAUUCAUAGCAGCCAUGUGCUGGAGGUGAAGCUGACCAAGGUGGCAAUGCUGAUUUGCGCUGGCUUCCUGAUUGCCUGGAUUCCCUAUGCAGUGGUCUCCGUGUGGUCUGCUUUCGGAAGGCCAGACUCCAUUCCCAUACAGCUCUCCGUGGUGCCCACCCUCCUUGCCAAAUCUGCAGCGAUGUACAAUCCGAUCAUCUACCAGGUCAUUGAUUACAGAUUUGCCUGCUGCCAGACCGGUGGUUUGAGAGCAACGAAGAAGAAGUCUUUGGAAGACUUUAGGCUGCACACGGUAACGGCAGCCAGGAAGUCUUCUGCUGUGCUGGAGAUCCAUCAAGAGAGCAGUUCCAGAUUUACUAGUGCCCAUGUUAUGGAUGGAGAGAGUCACAGUAAUGAUGGGGACUGUGACGAGAAAUAG